AUGGUUCGAAAACUGAAACACCAUGAGCAGAAAUUGCUAAAAAAGGUAGAUUUUCUCGACUGGAAAGAAGAUGGCGGCCAUAGAGAUGCCCAAGUCAUGAGAAUGUACCAUAUUCAGAACAGAGAUGAUUAUGUCAAAUACAAUAAAAUAUGCGGUAAUAUCCGUCAACUGGCACACAAGCUCUCCCAGUUACAUUCCCAUGAUCCUGUCCGUCUCAAGCACGAAGAACUUCUUCUCGAAAAGCUAUUUAAUAUGGGUAUUUUCCCACCAACUGGCAAACCCAAAGUUUCUGACCUAGAAAAUAAAGUGACUGUUUCUGCUUUCUGUAGAAGGCGGCUGCCUGUUGUAAUGUGCAGACUGCGUAUGGCUCAAAACAUUUCAGAAGCUACCCAGUUCGUUGAACAGGGCCAUGUGCGAGUGGGCCCUCAGGUUGUCACAGAUUCUGCAUUUCUAGUAACUAGAAAUAUGGAGGAUUUUGUAACCUGGGUAGACUCGAGCAAGAUCAAGAGAAAUAUCAUGAAAUAUCGUAACGAGAUAGAUGAUUUCAAUUUGAUGUAA